UGGGAACAGAACAAAACUAAAUCCAAACGCUUAUACCCGUGCUUCGCUAAGGAUGCUUCUGAAACAGAUUGUCGUUUUUUUCCUUGUCAUCACUCUAGCUUCAUCUAAACCGUUGAACGAUGCUAAAACAGACAAGGUAAAUCAGCUGCCUAAUUUCAACAGAAUAAUCAGCAGGAAUAUUUCCGAUGACGAAACUUCGGCCCCUACUAUUAAGCCAUAUCAGUUGGAGACCUAUGGCGAGAAUGCCAACCUUAGCAUCAAGUCAGAGAGACAUACCAGAGGGUCGUGUCAAAUACCAUACUGUCUAGGAGUUCCUUUAUUCGACUAUAACAUCAACGUGAAUUUAGUGAAGAGAAGACCGGAUGUGCUUCCAGUAAACACAGUCGUCGUCAUGGACAAUGAUGGCUACAGAAUGCCAUUUCCCGGCUUGAUAUCAAUAUGGCGCUACUACUGCAAUACUUCCGGUUCUCUCCAUUUGAGCGUUUUCAGGAAAAUCGGAACUAAAUACAAUCUGGUAGGCCUCAACACAGUAACGUGUGCAGCGGACUCAAAACAGACUGCGGAAAUACCAUUCAAGCGUCAGAUCCUAGUCAAACAGAACGACGUGGUCGGCGCGUUCAGCACAGACGCCAACACGCUGAGUGUAACCAGCUGCAACAGUGGACAGGGCGAGGUCAUGAUACUGCCUGUAGCCAAGGACGUAGCUGGUGUUAACAGUCUGGCCAGGGCUAACUUCUCGUCGACCGCAUGCUACGUACUGUCUCUUGGUUUUACGUUAGUCUCUGAUCGCGAGUCUUGGUAGUUGUGAGUCGUGUACGGUCAAAGUCCUUCAUGAUACCGUUAGAAAGAACGGAUAAAUUAGAAAUAAAAAUUGUUUAAAUUUAAUUUUGUGGUUGAUAAAUUGUUUCAAAUUGCCGAGGUAAACAUUGUUUUGGUGUCAUUUUGAUUUCAAAUGAA